GUCAGUGUCUCACAGGACUGUCAUUGCACAGAGAUCCUCAUUCAGGAUAAGAUAGCAAAGCAUCUUGCAAAAUAUUGUGACCUUUCCAGACUAUACGUGUACAGAUCAUCAAGUGUGGAUCUCAUGCGCACCACGUGGCCUCUGCUCAUGGGACCCUGUGGUCACUUGCUGUGGUGAUGUACUCUUGACAAAUGCCGUACCUUAUGGCAAGAAACUCGAGCACCACAAGUAUGCCGAUCGGACUUAAAGAAAUACAUUAAAUAAAACUGCCUUUUACCCUUGUAUGGUGUAUGACAAGACAACAAUAUGGCAGCUGCAUCUAUCAGUAUCCUGGAGAGCAUCUUCCUAAAGAGAUCACAGCAGAAACGAAAAACAUCUCCUUUAAAUUACAAGAAGAGGUUGUUUGUGCUGACAGAAAACAAGGUUACCUACUAUGAGUACGACUUUGAUAAAGGGCGCCGAGGCAGUAAAAAAGGCUCUGUGGAUCUGGAGAAGGUGACAUGUGUGGAAAAAGUAGAGCCAGAGGAAAAUCCACCACUUGAGAGACAAAUACUGACAAAAGAAGAAUCUGCAGAAACUGAACAAAUCUCUAUUAUCGAAAGAUUCCCAUAUCCAUUCCAGAUAGUGUAUGAUGAGGGUCCUCUUUACGUGUUUGCCCCAACAGAGGAUUUGAGAAGACGCUGGAUUCAUCAGCUAAAGCACGUUACAAGGUUCAACAGUGACUUAGCCCAGAAGUACCAUCCCCUUUUCCACCAGGAUGGGCAGUAUUUGUGCUGUGGCCAAACUGCAAAGAAUGCCAUGGGAUGCCAGCUCCUGCAGAGCGCAAAUGGAAUACUUAAAGCUGACCGCUCACAGCGCAGAUCUAGAAAACCUCUCCCACCCGCACCCACGGAACCUCAGGUAAAAGUGGGUAAACCAUUGCCCCCUGCUCCGUCACAGCCUGAACCUUCAGGACCUAGAAAAGUGGUAGCCGUAUAUGAUUUCAGCCCUAUAAAUGCUGCGGACCUGCCUCUGCAUAAGGGUGAGGAGUAUCUGCUGUUGGAAGAGGGAAGUGGCCAGCCCUGGGUGAGAGCUAGAGAUAAGAAUGGACAGGAGGGAUAUAUACCUGGUAACUACGUCACAGAAGCACAGGAUCCAAUGGAGAUAUAUGAGUGGUAUUCUAAAAACAUGACAAGAAGUCAAGCGGAACAACUACUGAGGGCUGAGGAUAAAGAAGGAGGAUUCAUUGUGAGAGAUUCUAGCAAACCUGGAAAAUAUACCGUAUCUGUGUAUGCAAAAUCAUCAGGGGAAGGGAUUAUUCGUCAUUAUGUAGUGUGUGAAACUCCUGGGAAUGAAUAUUAUCUGGCAGAGAAACACAUUCAUUCCUCCAUUCCAGAACUGAUAACAUAUCAUCAGCACAAUGCAGCAGGUCUGAUAUCACGGCUGAAGUAUCCGGUCUGCUCUAUGAAGAAGAAUGCCCCCUCCACUGCAGGCCUGGGCUAUGGUUCGUGGGAGAUUGACCCCAAGGACCUGACAUUUCUGAAGGAGCUAGGAAAUGGGCAGUUUGGGGUGGUAAAGUAUGGCAAGUGGAGAGGGCAGCAUGAAGUGGCCAUCAAGAUGAUCCGAGAGGGAUCCAUGUCAGAAGAUGAGUUCAUCGAUGAGGCCAAGUGCAUGAUGAAGCUUUCCCACCAGAAUCUAGUUCAGUUGUAUGGGGUCUGCACGAAACAGCGUCCCAUCUUCAUCAUUACGGAGUACCUCUCUAAUGGCUGUCUCCUUUCAUAUCUACGUGAGCUGCGUGGGAGAGUAGGACUGGUUGACCUUCUCACUAUGUGCAAAGAUGUAUGUUCAGCAAUGACAUACCUGGAAUCCAAACAAUUUCUGCACCGUGAUCUGGCUGCCAGAAACUGUUUAGUUGCAGAAGAUGGAUCAGUAAAGGUGUCUGAUUUUGGCCUCUCCAGGUAUGUCUUAGAUGAUGAAUAUACCAGCUCCCUGGGCUCUAAGUUUCCAGUCCGCUGGUCCCCUCCAGAAGUUCUCUUAUACAGCAAGUUUAGCAGUAAAUCUGAUGUGUGGUCAUUUGGAGUCCUGAUGUGGGAGGUCUUCACUCUUGGAAAAAUGCCAUAUGAGAGAUUCAGUAACAGUGAAAUUGUGGAUCAGAUUAUAAAAGGUGUACGUCUGUACAGACCCCAGCUAGCAACAGAGAGAAUUUACAGCAUUAUGGGAAGUUGCUGGUUAGAGAAAGCUGAUGAAAGACCAGCCUUCCGAACACUUCACAGUUUCAUCAUAGACAUUUUGGAGGACCUUUAAAAUACAUAAACAUCAAUGUACUGUUUCAACCAAUGACUUGCAGACUUUACCAAACAGCUCUUUUCAUUCAGUGAGUGGAUGAGCCAAUAAUAGAAGAAAAUCAAACAAUGUGAUUCUCAGAGAAAAUGUUAAAUAUCUGUCAGAGUGUUCUAUAGCAAGACUGCCACAGAGACGUAGUAGCAGACACUGAGAAGAUGCAGAAAUCCGUUCUUAUGCUGUGACUCAAUUUACAUUGUAAUGUAUAGCAGGAUUGCAAUGCUUUGUUUUGCUUUAACUAAUUUAUACAUGGUCAACUGCUGUAAAACUUCUACUGGUGACAAAGUCUAGACAGUAUGUGUAUUUACAUUGAUAUUAAAGUAAGUUAAAUAAA